AUGGCCGCCCGCCGCACCCGCCGUUCCUCGGGCCUCACCAGCCUCGGCAUAAUGGACCAAGACCAAGAAGACCACCUCGCCGAGUUUGACUCUUUUCGCCGCAGACAUGCCCGGCAGAACCGCGAAAUCAUCACCGAGAACAUUACGAGAAAGGGCCUGAUCCGGUCCCUCCAAGACCAAGUCUCGAGUCUCCAGGCCGACCUCUUGUCUGCGCGGAGACAGAACGCAGCCCUAACCCGCCAACUUGCUUGUUUCCGAGAUGACGCCGCCGCAUUGGACGCAAUUAUCGAGGCCGUGCCCAAACUCGAGUCCCGAGCCGGACCGUCAGAGCACGACGCCAAAAGCCUCACCGCGCCGCAGGAGCCCGCGCAAGACGAGCUCCACGCCCACGAAAUCGCCGCGCACGCCGGCCUCGAACCAACAUACACCCAACCAGAGCUCACCCCUCACGCCGGUGCCCGACACGCCCGCGAUCGCGUCCGUGACGGUGUCGAGCCUGCCGAGCUGCCCGUCCGCGCCGUCCCCCUCUCAAAGAGGGUCCAUCCCGUCCUGCUCAACGGCAUCAAUCCCUUGGUCCUCAACGUCAGGACCACCCAACCGGACACGGACCCACCCUCGCUCGCGAGCUCGUCGUCCUCCACUACCUCCACCGCAGCCUUAACUUCCACAUCCGACGCGGCCAUCGCUGCCGCCCCGGAAGACGGGCGGUCGCGCCGUGCCCGCAGCUCGGUGUCGUACAAGGAACCCUCGUUGCGAACCAAGAUGCGCAAGCCGGACGGCGUGUCGUCCGAGGAGGCGCUCGGGUUACGGCCGCGCGGGAGCAUGCUCGAGGGCGUGCGGCGUAAGAGCGCGUUACCGCGCUCAACGGCCAAGAUGGACUUCCGGGCCGAUAAGGAAGAGGAAGGAGCGCCGACGCCGCUUGCGCCGGCCAAGGUCGUCAAAGAGACUUUGCCGAAGGAGGGGACUAAGAAGGCCGCUGGGAAACGACGCGCCGCUGCCACUGCGACUACGAAUGCGGCUGGUCCCGCAGUAUAG